UCACACAGCCCGAUGCUGAACAAUGCCACUUUGGUUAUUUUAUGGUUCCUUAGUAACUGGAUUAUGAAGCUCUACACGGGGAUACUGACCAUGAUAACCAACACAAACAAUCAGAGCACCUUUACACUACCGGGGGAGGCUGCUCAGCUCAAGGGAGCAAUAGAGAAUUAAAGGUGCUGUAAACGGAUUUCAAAACACGGAUCAUAGUAGGCUACUACCGCAGUAUGUUUUAUCUUCUGGUUCUGUACGUCGGGGGGGAGACCAGGCGGUGUGCUUCUUUCUUUAUCUACACAGAUGUUGAAAGCUGACAUCCAAAUGUGAAAUGCCUUUAUAUUUUGGUUGGCGCUCGACUGCACUUGACUAAUAACAGCAACGUGAAAUUACCUGUGUAGGUUUUUGUUUUGUUGUUUUGUUUUCAAUACGUAACACUGCCUGUGUUGUAAUUUGCAUGUUUACCGUUCGUUUUCAGUGGGAGCUUGGUGUUGUUGCGAGAAACAUUGUUUUACUAGAAGUGAACACUCGCGUCUGACCACCUUUGCGCGUCUCAAUGUUCACAACCUGUCAACACAGCGCCAACCAUGCAGAUGCCGUUUGUGGAAAUGCCAGUGAUGCUGAUUAAAAUGACCCCCGAUGACCUGAAGCCCUCGUCUUCUUCACUGAUUACAAGGCUCGAGUCCCACUGCAUGUUGUUGUUGCACAUUUUUGCGUAAAAGACCAUUCAAAAUAAUCUUGAGCACAGUGAUACACAGGACAUCUGUGCGGCUACUGUAUGUAGUUAGUGGUCAGGAUACAUAUUUUCUCUUCAAAUAAGCAAAAUAAUUAUAACCAUCUUCUUAAAAAAAACAAAAACUUUCCACGAAUCAGUAGUAUUUCACAUUAUUUAUGCGUACCGGUACUGUACACCAUGUAACUUUUUACGUCCUAUUCGAUUCGCGGAGUAAACGAAACAAGCAAGACGAGAGAGGAGAGCGGGUCGAAUUGAUGAGGUUGCUACGAUUUCCCCACUACUAGUUCCUGCCUACUAUUGCUCUUUCAGCCACUCAAAAGACUCCCGUCUUCAACAGUGAUUUCUUUCACUCUUCUUAAAGCACAACCCAGCUCCUAGUCUUAGCGAACAUCAAAGGCAUCAAAUGUCGAAGAAACGGAAAACUGAUGAUGAAUUUGAAUUCACAAACGAGGAUGCCUCGCCGCGCGCUGUCGUCAGCGGUCAAGGUCUGACUGAUGAAAAAGUAAAGGGAUACCUUUCCCUUCACCCGCAGGUAUUGGAUGAGUUUGUGUCAGAAAGUGUGAGUACAGAAACAGUGGAGAAAUGGCUGAAGAGAAAGAACAGCAGACAUGAAGAUGACUCCACCGCUGAGGAGGUCAGCAGGUAUCAGGACUCAAACAUGCAAGGAGUUGUGUACGAGCUGAACAGUUACAUGGAGCAGCUGCUAGAGACAGGAGGUGACAACAAAUUGCUCCUCUAUGAGUUGUGUAACAUCAUCAAAACAGCGACUAAAGCAGAUGGAUUUGCACUUUACUUUCUGGGAGAAUGCAACAAUAGUCUGUGUUUAUUUACACCAACGGGAGCAAAGGAAGGUUUGCCAAGACUCAUCUUGUCUGGUCCCAUUGCUCUUGGAACCACAAUAGCAGCGCAUGUAGCCAAGACUAGGAAAACACUGUUGGUGGAGGACAUACUGGGGGACGAGCGCUUUCCCAAAGGCACUGGGCUGGACUCAGGGACUCGUAUCCAGUCUGUUCUUUGUUUACCUAUCCUCACUGCUAUUGGAGAUCUCAUCGGAAUCCUGGAGCUGUAUCGAAACUGGGGAAAGGACCCCUUCAAUCUCAGCCACCAGGAGGUUGCAACAGCACAUUUAGCCUGGACCUCUGUGGCUAUACACCAAGUCCAGGUGUGCAGAGGUCUUGCCAAACAAACUGAACUCAAUGACUUCCUGCUUGACGUCUCUAAAACUUACUUUGAUAACAUAGUGGCAAUAGAUUCUCUACUUGAACAUAUUAUGAUAUAUGCAAAAAACUUGGUGAACGCAGACCGGUGUGCGCUCUUCCAAGUUGACCACAGCAACAAGGAGUUGUACUCUGACUUGUUUGAUAUUGGGGAGGAAAAUGAAGGGAAGCCGGUCUUUAGGAAAACCAAAGAAAUUAGGUUUUCUAUAGAAAAAGGAAUAGCGGGGCAAGUGGCACGAACAGGUGAAGUCCUUAAUAUUCCCGAUGCCUAUGCAGACCCACGCUUUAACAGAGAAGUGGAUCUUUACACGGGCUACACAACCCGGAACAUCCUGUGCAUGCCUAUCGUCAGCCGGGGGACAGUUAUAGGUGUGGUACAGAUGGUGAAUAAAUUAAGUGGAAGUGCCUUCAGUAAAACAGACGAGAACAACUUUAAAAUUUUUGCAGUCUUUUGUGCUUUGGCCUUACACUGUGCUAAUAUGUACCACAGGAUACGACAUUCAGAGUGCAUUUACCGAGUGACUAUGGAGAAACUUUCUUAUCACAGCAUCUGUUCUUCAGAGGAGUGGAAGAACCUCACAACUCUGACACUUCCUGUUCCCAUGUAUAAAGAAAUAGAGCUAUUUCACUUUGAUAUCAGCCCUUUUGAGGAACUGUGGCCAGGCAUAUUUGUCUACAUGGUGCAUAAUUCUUGUGGAAAAACCAGCUUUGAACUUGAGAAGCUGUGCCGAUUCACCAUGUCAGUGAGGAAGAACUACCGGCGCGUUCCCUAUCACAACUGGAAACAUGCGGUUGCAGUAGCACACUGCAUGUACGUCAUUCUGCAGAAGCACCAGGGGCUCUUUACAGAACUGGAGCGGAAAGGACUCCUGGUGGCUUGUUUGUGUCACGACCUGGACCACAGGGGCUACAGUAACAGCUACCUGCAGAAGUUCGAUCACCCGCUGGCCGCUCUGUACUCCACCUCCACCAUGGAGCAGCAUCACUUCUCCCAGACAGUCUCCAUCCUGCAGCUGGAAGGGCACAAUAUUUUCUCCAACCUGACAUCAAAUGAGUAUGAGCAGGUGUUGGAGAUAAUUCAAAAAGCCAUUAUCGCCACGGACCUUGCACUGUACUUCGGCAACAGGAAACAGCUGGUAGAGCUGUUGAGCUCGAGGACACUGGAUCUCAACAACCACGCGCACAGGGAUCGUGUGAUUGGCUUGAUGAUGACUGCCUGUGACCUGUGCUCUGUCACAAAGUUGUGGCCGGUUACCAAGCUGACCGCUAAUGAUAUAUAUGCAGAAUUCUGGUCUGAGGGUGAUGAAAUGAAGAAGAUAGGCAUGCAGCCCAUUCCUAUGAUGGACAGGGACAAGAAAGAUGAAGUGCCACAGGGUCAGGUUGGUUUCUACAAUGCUGUCGCAGUCCCGUGUUACACUACACUGUCAGAACUAUUUCCUGCAUCCAGUCCCCUUCUGCAAGCCUGCAGGGAUAACCUCAGUCAGUGGGAAAAGCUGUCCUGCAGAGAGGAUGCGUCAGUGUGCAUUCCUUCCCAGUCUCUAGCCUCGGAAUCUGCACAGACCAUUCCCGUGAAAAUCGACAGUUAACGGGAGAGUCUUACUGCGACUCUGGGAGCUUCUGUUCUAAACGCCAGGCUGUGAAUGCAGGGAAACGAGACACUGGCAAGCAAGGUGAUUCAAAGAAAGAACACAUUCAAAUCCAGUUACCUCACCGGGUGAGUCUUUGGACUGAAGGCAUCACCGACAUUAAGAGCUGUGAAGAAACAGAAGAGGGGCUAAUGAUCUGAUCACCAAACAUACUGCUUGUGAAUAUGGCAGAUCGGAUUACUUUUUGUUUUGCGGUCUGCAAUUGCUGAGGUUUUAAUUUGAACCCCUAACCCAAGACAGGUCCUUACUUUUAAGCCUAUCGUUUUUCAAGUUUUAGGGGUUAAUUCCGUUGAAAUGGUACUUUUUCAUACUGUGGUUGGCAGUGCUAAUGGGACAGUUUGUGGAAGACACCUGUCUUGGUCUCAAGGUUGUCGAAAGAAAAAUAUCAGAACAGUACUUGAAUAAAAUACAGCCUAUUCUUGCUACACAAAACAAAAACAAAAGGCAUUUUAAACCAUGUUGGCCCCACUGAAGCUGUUUGUCACCACUGUAUCGUACUGAACGGCAACGUUUCUAACAUGACCUUUUCUUUUUGCCAUGGGACCAUACUUCUUUUUUUUUUUUUUUAAGACUCAACACCUAAACCGCAGUGUGAAUUUUUCCAAUCGGAAACAAUUAUCUUCCUAAAUAAGGCAGAAUCCUCAGAUAUGUAAUUCCAUAUACAGUAAAACAAGUUUGUACAUCACAUAUAAAGUGAAAAAAACAAAAUGGGUAAACAGUACCUCUUAAGGUUAAUAAAAGAAGAAAUGACUGGUCUCGAAUAGAUAGUGUCUGUUCAUAGAUUUACACACCCUCUUCACAAAUUUUAACCCAUGCACUUCAUUAUCACCAAAAGUAGGGGGAUAACCCCAGCAUCCCUACAUAUGACACCUUAUUACCUGGAUCUCAAUAACAUCCGUUCGAGGUGAAACAUGGUGUUCCUCAGCACAUGUUCUUGAGCAGCACGUGUUCAGAAUAUUUUACAUGGGUUUUGAGCUCUGUUGGGUUGGGUAAAUGAAAGCUAUAUCUUGGUAAACCAGUAUGGUCGCAUUUGUCCCAUAAUACCAUUCCACUAGCACUUGCAGUUUUAUGAGCCUGAUAAGCUAAAGUUCUGCUUAGCACUCUACUGCCUGAUACAACCUUCAGAGUAGCUUAUAAACAUAAACAGAAUGCGGAGGGAAAAGGUAUUACAUCUGAUUGAAUGCAGUGUGUUGCACUCGACCAACAAUGUCACGCCAACCCCUAAAGGUACUUUUCUUUCCUCCCUUUCCUAGAAGAUAGCUUCUUCAUCCUACUCUUCUGGAACCUAUAAGGGGCUUUCUUUGUGCUCCAGUGUAAUGCAAUUUAAUGCUUUUUCAUGCAUGGGAUAUAAAAUAAACAUAAAGCAAAACAAACUGGAAUUUAGCAUUGAUACCUGGUUGUAACUGCUGUGAAAAGAGCUGUGUAAAGUAUCACAUGUAUAUACAUAGAAAAAAAAAGGCAAUGAUGCGGUGUUGCUUCACUAUGUCAGUUUCCUAAGUAUAAUAUCGUACCUAACCGAUACAGUCUCAUAGGGCAAGCACUGUUUGGGCAUUGGGGUAACAAAGGGUUAAAAUGAAAGCUACUCUUUCCUUCUGGUAGUCUUGGAUAUGUGCAUUUCCUAUGUAAGAAUAAAGUGCUAGUGUAUAUUUGUACACACAUAGAGAACAAAAGGGCACGAUCUGUCCAAAGCUUGGGGUAGGCUUUUUUUCACAAGAAAAAGUGAUUCAGGGUAGAAUAUCCUUGAUUUAAUCCUUGAUUACUUCUACUAAAAAAAAAAAAAAACUGAUAAACUGUAAGAUUAUUCUUUUUUUUGUUUGUAUAAAAUAUAUAUGCAAGUGCAAUAAUUACAAGAUGUCUUAACUUCACAUUUAUAAAUUAUACAUAUUGUAUAUGUUGUGUAAGAGUUUUUUUUUCAUGUAUUCAUUUGCAGUCUUUCUAUUUAAAAACAAAAAUACUCUUUUAUGCUUGUACUAUAGAACAUGGAAACCAUGUAUUACGAUACAUUUGUAAAUAAAUGCACAAACCAAACCGCCAAA